UGCUGGUCCUCUGUCAUGCUGGCAUAUGGCAAAGAAGAGGUCACAAAGUCUUGUAUAUCGCUUUUGGAGUUAAACGCCCAAGUGUUCUGUCACAGCUCAAACAACGUCACAAGGACAGAAUGCUGCUUCUCAGAUUACUGCAACAAUGUAACUCUUCACUUGCCUUCAGGAGAGGGAGGGCCACCACACAGCAGUUUCACUUUGGGACCAGUGGAGCUGACUGCAGUUGUGACUGUGCCUGUUUUCCUGCUCUGCUUAAUGAUACUGAUGACCGUCUGCAUAUGCUAUGGUUGGCAUUGUUCUUAUACAAAGGUCAAACGGCAAAAUGCUGAAGAACUGUCAUCAGACCUCAACUUCGAAAAAGGAGGAAAAUCUCUGAAUGAUCUCAUCUGUGACCUCACCACAUCCGGAUCAGGAUCUGGGCUGCCACUACUUGUUCAGAGGACAAUAGCAAGAACUAUUGUCCUUCAAGAAACCGUGGGCAAGGGUCGCUUUGGGGAAGUGUGGCGUGGAAAAUGGCGGGGCGAAGAUGUUGCUGUGAAGGUCUUUUCGUCAAGAGAUGAAAGAUCAUGGUUUCGAGAAGCAGAAAUUUAUCAAACUGUUAUGUUAAGGCAUGAAAAUAUUCUGGGCUUUAUCGCUGCUGACAAUAAAGAUAAUGGAACAUGGACACAGCUUUGGCUGGUAUCAGAAUAUCAUGAGAACGGCUCCCUGUAUGAUUACCUGAACAUUCACACAGUGACACUGGAUGGUAUGAUUAAGUUGGCUCUUUCAAUUGCUAGUGGAUUAGCUCAUCUUCAUAUGGAAAUUGUUGGUACUAAAGGGAAGCCUGCAAUUGCCCACAGGGAUAUUAAGUCCAAAAAUAUUUUAGUAAAGAAGACUGGAAUUUGUGCCAUUGCAGAUUUGGGUCUUGCAGUAAAACAUGAUUCAGUAACAAACACAAUCGACAUUGCUCCAAACCACAGAGUUGGAACAAAGAGGUACAUGGCUCCAGAAAUUCUUGAUGAUACAAUCAAUAUAAAUAUUUUUGAGUCCUUCAAGCAGGCUGACGUAUAUUCUCUAGGACUGGUGUACUGGGAGAUAGCAAGAAGGUGCUCUGUUGGAGGAAUUAUUGAAGAGUACCAGUUGCCUUACUAUGAUUCUGUGCCUUCUGAUCCUUCAGUAGACGAAAUGAGAAAGGUAGUGUGUGAGCAGAAUAUGCGACCAAAUAUUCCAAAUCAAUGGCAUAGCUAUGAGGCACUUAGAGUGAUGGCCCGAGUAAUGCGUGAGUGUUGGUAUGCAAAUGCAGCUGCUCGACUGACCGCACUACGCAUUAAGAAGACCGUAUCACAACUUAUGGUACAAGAAGAUACUAAAGUCUAAUAAGGAUAAUGUGACAGCGGUUCUGAAAAGAUGCCAUACAUAAUCAAGUGCGACUAGACUACCUCAGAAAAUGUUUAAGUGCCCAAACCAUAUAAAGAUAUUGCUUUGACUGAACUACCAAAGGAAACACCUGCAAUGUAUUGCCCUUACAAGGUAGCUCACUGACAGGUUUGAUUGUACUUGGGGUACUGACACAAGAAACAAAAGAACA